AAGCGGCGACGAGAUCUGGCGCGGGAAGGAAGAGUGGCGAGAGUUGCAGCCGAAGAAGAGGCAGCGAAGUCCGCCGGAGCGAGAUCCGGAGCUGGGGGGGGGCGUGUGAGAGCGAACGCGGCGGGUCCCGAAAAGCCCAGAAACAAGGUGCAUUAACGCGGCGUGAAUGAGACAGGCAAGCUGGAGGACUUCGACAUGGCAUCCGGAGAAACCCUGUAUAUUGGGUCGGACGGCUCGGAGAUGCCGGCCGAGAUCGUGGAGCUCCAUGAGAUAGAGGUUGAGACCAUCCCGGUGGAGACUAUUGAAACCACGGUGGUCGGCGGGGAGGACGAGGACGACGAAGAUGAGGACGACGAGGACGACGACGUGCAGCCCAUGAUCGCUCUCCAGCCGCUGGACGACGACUCGGGCUCCAUUCACCAUCACCACCACCAGUACCACCACCACCCAGAGGUUAUCCUAGUCCAGACUCGUGAGGAGGUAGUUGGCGGGGACGACUCAGACCUGCACACGGAUGACGGAGGAGGGGGCUUCGAGGACCAGAUCCUCAUCCCGGUGCCCGCUCCCGGGGUGGAGGACGAAUACAUCGAGCAGACGUUGGUGACUGUAGCCGGGAAGAGCUCCAUGGGUCGGGUGAAACGAGGAGGCGGCGGCACGGGCGGGAAGAAAGCGGGCAAAAAAAGCUACCUGAGCGGCGCGGAAACCGGAGCGAGGAAAUGGGAACAGAAGCAAGUGCAGAUAAAAACUCUGGAGGGGGAAUUUUCCGUCACGAUGUGGGCGUCGGAUACCCGUGAAGACAUUGACCACGAGUCGGUGGUGGAGGAGCAGAUUGUGGGCGAAAACUCUCCGCCUGACUACUCUGAGUACAUGACGGGCAAGAAACUGCCCCCGGGGGGCAUCCCGGGCAUCGACCUCUCGGACCCCAAGCAACUGGCCGAAUUUGCCAGGAUGAAACCCAGAAAAAUCAAAGAGGACGACGCGCCACGGACAAUAGCUUGCCCUCAUAAAGGCUGCACAAAGAUGUUCAGGGACAACUCAGCCAUGAGGAAGCACCUGCACACCCACGGGCCUCGUGUCCACGUCUGUGCCGAGUGCGGCAAGGCGUUCGUGGAGAGCUCCAAACUCAAGCGCCACCAGCUUGUCCACACAGGGGAGAAGCCUUUCCAGUGCACCUUCGAAGGCUGCGGCAAGCGCUUCUCGCUGGACUUCAACCUGCGCACCCACGUGCGCAUCCACACGGGCGACCGUCCUUACGUGUGCCCCUUCGACGGCUGCAACAAGAAGUUUGCGCAGUCCACCAACCUCAAGUCACACAUCCUCACACACGCCAAAGCCAAGAACAACCAAUGAGACGCCUGCCCUCCGACCUCUCCGAUGAAAUACAAACAACAACAACAAAAAACACUGAACACUCUUUAUUUUUCUUCCCCUCCCGCAGUUGUCAUUUCCAAAAAAGAUGGAGCCCCCUGCGCAAAAGACUUGUUUUUACAAGAGUGGUUUUCAUUUAGUCGCGUGGCUCGUUGCGGUGUGCGGGCGGCACACCGACAAGCUCUAUGUUACACUAACUCUAGUAAGCACGUAUACUCGUAGACGUUGGGACGAAGAGGUGUGGAUUCUUUUUAAGUGUUUCUGAAAUCUUUUAGUCGCUUUUCCUGUUUUCUACCAGCAAGCGGCAACCAGAGGGGUGCAAGCGUCACUUUUUUUUUUUUUUUCUUUAGAAUGCGGUGUACACACUUGAAAAUAUUACUCCUCUCUUUUUGUCUCCAUGUUGUUGUAUAUCAACUGGCCACAAUAAAAACCACUCAUCCCUGUUGGAAUAGUACCGGUGUACAGGGUGUUUGUCUUUAUAGACAUUUCCAUUAAGUUGCUCUUUCUUUUUCAUAUUUCAGGCAUCUGACAGCAAAGCAGUUCAUCAAAAGUGACUUUUUUAAAAUUUUGUUUUUGCAUUUGUGUUUCGGAAGACACUGCGUCAAAAUGGUAAGAUGCCUCUUUGCUAGAUAUGCUUUAAUAAUGGAGGAUGCUUAUUCAUUUGCCAGUUUUUACUGUUGUGCUUAUUUGCAUAUACAGGUAGAUCGAAUGGCUCUGCAAUAAAUAAACAUUAGAUGAAGUCAA